AUGCAUCAGCAUCCUCGGCCAUCACCUAUAACGGCCUCGCCAGCCUCAUCACCGCGAACAAAUCCAUCUCGAACAAACAACCCCAGAGAAGAAGCCCGAACUGCUUAUUCGAGAACAACACCCGAUAUGCCACAUUACCAAGAGGUAGAUGAUGUUAGUGGAGAUAGUGGAGUCAUGACUUCUACUGGCCCAAGUCGAGAAGCGGUCAAGAAACUGGAUCAAAUCAUCCAAAACUUCCACACGAAAGCUGCCAUUAUCUUGCUAGGAUCAAGAGUAGGACUUCCUGUGGUCUUCACCAAAGAAGGAACUAAGAAAGUCAACAAAUGGUUUCAAAUCGAAACUGAUGAUACCGAUGCAUAUCGAGACGAGCUCAGCACUUGGCGAAUGUGCGGCGGCUUUCAGAAUCGACCACCGCCACUGAUAAUAGAAACAUACCUCGAUACUUCCCACUUGACGAGCAGCCAAAGAUUGGUUAUCGUGGAUGAUCUAGGAAAGCGAUGGGAUGCUUUAGAUGCUUUAAGUAAUUCUAGUGGUUCAGGUGAAGGACGUAGUGAAGUCAUACUAGAACGAUGGAGAAUUGAGCUCAGAGACAUUCCCGGGGAGCAGCUCCACGAUUUUGGGUCUACGUUGCCCACCGUUUACAAAAAGUGCAUUGUCUUCUUUCGCUCAUUAUAUUCCACAGCCAAGCUUGUGCCCGCCUGGAAAUUCGUAAAGAAUCGGGGAAAGAGUGGAUCGCCAACAAAUUCAAUGAUUGUCAAUUGUCGUAUUGCAGCCGGUGAUCCCCAACCGCGUCGAAUCGAUGGACUAAAGCAACCUAUGUUUGACCAUACUGGCCCAGUUACCUCGACUUAUGUUCUUGGAACGACUGACACCCCAGCUGGUCAGAUCUUUGCUGAAGUAACAUAUCGAAACGAUUGUAACUUUCGUGUUGAUGAUUCGGAAUCACUUCUCAGCUCCAGAUUUAUGGGUGCAGACGAACAUUUCUUUACGCCCUCCUUGGGUGCUAGAGGUGAUUUAAGUCGACGACGUUCAACCAAGCAAACCGAAAUUGGCUCACUUCCAGCACACAAGCACCUCACAGAUGAUUCUGGUCCAGCUCAGACAUAUGGAAGUUUAUCUACGUUCCAUGGUAAUGCUCCCCCAAGAGGCUCGAGCCCCAUAUCCGCCUUGAGGGCACAGAGACCCAUGGGAUCGGAUACGAGUUCUCCGCCUGUAGGAUCUUUCCCACUCUCACGACCGUCACUCACUUCGAAGGGCUCCUUGAAGUCGUUAGAAGGCAUCGCUUUGGCGAGGAGACCAUCGUUGUCAUUUCAGCCAUUCAAGGCUGGCUCCCUAUCUUCCUCACCCAGCCGUGCCACUUAUGCUGGUGAAACUCUACCUGCAUCUCCAGGAUCUCUACCGAGAGCAUCUGGGAUUAGUGCACUGGCACAAGCAAGAAAUCGUUCUUCUCUCACUGCUGGAAUGCCAGCUACCUUGAGAGGUGGCCCUGUGGUCUCAGAUAACAUCGUUCCAACAUCUGUCUCAAGCUCACCAAAGCCUGCUCCAAUCAGCCGAUACAGCAGCAGCUUUACUCACCGUCGUGGCAGGUCUUCGUAUGGAGGUGCUAGCAAAUUGGUGGAUGAUGAUCAAGGUAGCAGUGGCAAGCAGAGUCUCUCAUCUUCUGUGCAGCCAGGUUCUGGCAUCCUUGCAGAAGCUGGAACGGGAGGAAGUUCUGGAUCUCUACAAACCGAUGAUGAUAAUAUAUCGGAGUUUUUGAAGCUUCUCGAUAGUAAAAAGACCUUACAAAGCUUCGAGCCUUCUGGAGAAGCAUCGAGAAAAAGAGCCACGGCACAACUAUCCAAAUUUCAAUCAAUGCGGGAGUCACAUAAUGCUUUGACAGAUUCUAUGGCUUCCUCGACUAUGCUGCAACGAUCUUCAAGCUCCUCGAGCAGACAAUUGUCUAGUGUACCUCCUAUGGUUGCUGCCACCUCGGUCUCAGCAUCAUCCUCCCCUGGUAAACCCAUCUCGCCACACACCCCGCAUACUCCAGCCAUCCCUUCACGAUUGAGUGCAAACUCAAUAGCUGAGUAUGACCAACCACGAAGGUUGAGUCGACGAAGUAGAACCUCAGAGGCAAGGCUAGAAGAUGUUGAAGAUAAUGAUCACUCGAAUGAUGCUGGGACAAACGCUAUUGAUAUUCCUACCUCCCCCAGACCUUAUUAUCCUCAUGUUCGAAGGUCAAGCUCCGUCGCUCAGCAACAUAGAUCACUCGCAAUUGAAGACGAUUUGAGCGAUCUUCCAUUUGGAGUUCAUAGAAGCAUUAGCUUAGGAGCUAAUGAUCGAGAACCACCAAGCCUAAGUACUCUUUUAAAUAUAGGGCAAGCCUCAGAUGAUGUAGCAUCACCCACUUCACAAUCGCCAUCCUUACUUCAAGCUGCUCCUCGUAUUCCCGAAGGCUCCGCUGCCAUGUCUCGCCAAGCCUCAUCGUCUUUGGAAGCUCAUGAUUCGGAAGUUCCUCAGCUCUCUCGGUUCAGUGGUCCAGGAUCUGCAAACUCACCAUAUCGACCACGAAUCGGUAAAACUGGUGGACGUAGAGUUACACCACCUCAGGCAGGUUCUUUUUCUAGCCUCUUGGUAGAUAGAGGAAGUGGAAGUGGCAGUGAAAGAGCUGGUGGCGGCAGAUAUAGUUUUAGUAGAGGUAUGGGACCAUAUGAACAAGAUGAUGAGCCACUCCUCUUCGAUAUGAGUGAGAUUGGGCGAGAUCUUUCCCGAAGAAGCAUCGACGAACCCAGAGGAGUAUACGAAGCAAGUAGGGGCGGUGAUUCCGGCUCAAGCAGUCGCCGAGGCAGCCGAUGGGGCAGGUAA